CUGAUAAGUUGCAUUUUAUAAUGAGAGUAUCAUACAUACCUAAAAAGUUGCAUUAAAAUGUAGUUCAUUGGCACUCACCAUCAACAAGCAAUUUGUAAACACGUAUUUAUUCUUAAUAAGUCAUAAUAAUAAUUUUAUUAUGAGGGUAAGCGGUUGCAAUGAUUCGUUCGUGCUAAUUAUACCGGACAGAAGAUUUUGAAGAUUCACAAUUCGAAUAUAAUAUGCAAAACGAAAAUGGUUCCUACAGUAGCAAUAUGGGCAAUAAAAUGGAUAAUGUGAAUUACUUAAUCGGUCGUAUAGCUAGCGAUCUACUGGACAGCCAUGUACUGGGCAACGAGAAAUUGGAUGUGCCAGCUAUGGAACGAUCCAUGAGAUCAAGUGUAGAUGGAAACAGCGUCGAUAUAGGGGAAAUCACGGAAACACCCGAAACAGAAUAUAUGAGUACUUCAGCAAUUUUACACUAUUGUAAAUCCAAAAUAUUACUGCCAUAUUUAAAACUGUUAUCUGUAAUGGGUCUACGUCCUGGUGCAGAUGCGUCAAAUUCUUCCUGCUAUACAAAUUGCUUGUCUCAUUUCCACUCUGCACAAGUAGCAGUAUUUAUGUGCCUGGGAUAUAUUCUACAAUAUAUGGCAUGUUUCAGAAGAGAUCGCGGCUUCUGUUAUAAACUUGUGCCCCUAACACUUACUUCGAUAGAAUACGAUACAUACAAACAAGUGUGUUACGGGAAUGUCACAUUUACAUACUUUGGACCUAGUUUAUUGCAUUUUCUGGGAUUUAUUUAUGCCCUUUAUCUAUUUAGGAUAUCAGACAAUGAACAAUUACAAAAUCUGAUGGAAAGAGUCUUCCUUCUAUCUUCCUACGCCCCGCAAGGUACACCCACUACAAAACCAAAGCGUCUAUUACGUAUGCUCUGGUUUUUUAUUAUUUUGAGUGUGCUUUGGAUGUGUAUAUCACUAUGUUCUGUGAAUUUAAUGUUGGCCAGAGGAACCAUUAUGUUUCGGUGGAUGGAGGAUUGUUCAAAUGACAUUCUACUCGUGCUUAAAAUUCUAUUGAUCAUAUGCACAUUAAUCCACGACAUGGUUCAAGCGACAGUCAUUACAAGUUAUUGUUUACAAGCACAGCUAUUACAAGCUCAUUUGAUGUUUCUGAAAGAACGUCUUCUGAAUAGAACAAUAUCACCAUUAAAUUGGAUGAGGGAAAUAUCUGAAUUUAGAAAACUUCUUAAGUACUUGAACGAUGAUUUAGCGCCCGCUGUAUGUUUGUUUACAAUAGUAAAUGCAUCAUGGGCAGUGUCCGGUAUAAUGUGGCUCCUGGAUUUAGAUAAAGUGGAUACAGGAACGGAGCCUAUUGCUGGAAUCAGCAUACUAAAUCAAUUAUUAUGGGUAUCAGCUGUCGUCGUACCGUUCAUACAGGCGGCGCGACUAUCAGCGGAAUGUCGUCGCACGCAAUCAAUCGGUCACGAGUUAUGCGUCCGCCCGUUCUUACACCAAGAUACGUCACAGGAAGAUAUCAGUACAGUACUUGCGUAUUCCACUUCUCUAAAACUAAGAGCUAAACUAUUUUGUUUCCCAGUCGCAGGCCGAUAUAUCUGCUUAUUAUUGACCUUGACCUUAAUAAUUUUAUUCGCAUUAGGAAUGUGUCAUUAUUUACAAUAAUUGUUUUUGGAUCGAAAAUUUUGAUUUAGUUAAAAUUAAAGAUGAAAUUUA